GCUAACUGGCUGGAACCAGACUUGCCUUGUCCCUUUUUUUGGCCACCUUAUCUUUUCAGUCACUAACCACAUCCCACCCGGCUGUUCAGCUAGAAGUUAAUGUUUGACGGAAGUGGUUGCCUGUCGGCUAGAGGGAAGUCUCGUCACUCAGAAGCUGGCGGGGCAAGGAACAGGGAGUGCCUGGAGAAAACCCGAAGGGUUUAGCCUUCCUUCCAUCAGGAAGAAUUGGAUGCACCCUGAAGCGUGUGAGGAGGAAUUAGGUACAGGACAGAAACAAUACUUAGAAGAAAGAAGCAUUUCCUUCGUGGUUCUUCUUCUUCUUCUUUUUAAAGCGAAUAAUGCUCUGCUCAUGGAGACAGGAAACAGCCAGCGGGAUUGUUGGGAUAUAAUUGAUGAAACCCACAUUAAAGAAUUUGAAGUGGAUCAAUGGAUCAAGAUCACCCUAGCCCUUAUCUACGUCAUCAUCUUUGUGGCAGGCAUUGUGGGCAACAGUGUCACCAUCCGGACAACCAAACUGCUGCAGAAGAAGGGCUACUUGCAGAAAGAGGUCACAGACCACAUGGUGAGCCUUGCAUGCUCGGACCUGCUGGUCCUCUUGCUGGGGAUGCCUGUGGAGUUCUUCAGUAUGAUCUGGACCCCUUUCUCCACCCCUCAAGGCAACCUCGCCUGCAAGCUCUACUGCUUCCUUUUUGAGGCCUGCAGCUAUGCUACGGUGCUGCAUGUGGCCACUCUCAGCUUUGAAAGGUACAUUGCCAUCUGCCACCCUUUCAAGUUUAAAGCUGCUUCUGGGCCGUGCAAAGUGAGGAUCCUCAUUGCCUUUGUCUGGAUUACAUCUGUCCUUGUGGCCUUACCUCUUCUCUUUGCGAUGGGCACAGAGUACCCAUUGGAAGCCAUCCAGGACCACCGAGGACUGGUUCCCUGCAGCAAACCCAAACCCCGGCACCACAUGCCUAACUUGAUGCUAAAUGUCACCAUAUGCACCAACUUGUCGUCUCGAUGGAAGGCCUUCCAGUCUGGUAUCUUCACUGCUUUUAUUGUGUAUGUCGUGGUGUUGGUAUCUGUGGCUUUUAUGUGCCGGAAUAUGAUGAAAGCCCUGAUGAUCCACAAACAAGGGACCUUAGCCGUGAGAGGGGAGAGAGAAAGCCAAAACCAGUACCUAAGGAAAAACAAGAAUCCCGAUAGCAGGAGUUCCAGAAAACAGACUAUCCUUUUCCUAGGAUUGAUCGUUGCCUCACUGGCAAUAUGCUGGCUGCCAAAUCAAGUUCGAAGGAUCAUGGCUGCUGCUAGACCUAAGCAGGACUGGACAGUCCCCUACUUCAGAGCGUACAUCACCCUGCUCCCUAUAGCAGAUACGUUCUUCUACCUCAGCUCCGUCGUGAACCCGCUCCUGUACAAUAUCUCCUCCCAGCAGUUCCGGAAUGUGUUUGUUCAGGUCCUCCGCUGUCGCCUGACACUGGAACACGUCAACAAACAGAAGCUUUUAAGAGCCAAUUUGAAUUCUGCAGCCGAUAGCGGCCGCUCGCGGCGCCCAUUGAUCUUCGCGUCAUCCGCCAUGCGCAAGUCUUCCACCAAGAGCGCUAACAAGGUUUUCUUAAGUACUUUUCAGAGCGAAACCAAGCCUGGCUGCAGUUUGCAGAAAUUGAGUCUUGAAUCACUGGAGCUGAAUGUGAAAACGAUGCCACUGGAGACUUGCACAGAUCCUAGCCCUGCUAACCAAAAUGGACUUUGUGAACACGAACUGUGA